AUGGCUCGCGUCCUGCGCACCUCCCUCGUCGCGCCCUCGCCGGCCGGCGCCGCGCUCCACGAGCGCUCUCUGCCGCUCACCUACCUGGACGCGCUGUGGCUCCACGCCACGCCCGUCGAGCGCGUCUUCUUCUACCCCGACGCCACCAGCGACGUCCUCUCCAACCUCACGGACUCCCUGUCCAAUGCGCUCGCCGCAUUUUACCCUCUUGCCGGCCGCCUCCGCCUCACCCCCGGCGCGCACAACCGCUACGAGCUCCACUACCAGCCGGGCGACGGCGUCACCUUCACCGUCGCCGAGUACCACCACCUCGGCUUCGGCGAGCUUGCCACGGACGACCCUACGGAGGUUGCCAAGAUCGUGCCGCUUGUGCCGCCGCUGCCCGAAGGCGGCGCCGUGCUCGCCGUGCAGGCCACCGUGCUGCGCGGCGGCCUCGCUAUCGGCGUGACCGUUCACCACGCCGCUUGCGACGGGGUGUCCUCGUCGUACUUCCUCCGCACCUGGGCCUGGGCGGCGGCGGCCUGCAGCGGUGCGAGCGCGCCUCAGCCGCCCUUGGUCGACCGCUCCAUCAUCCGCCCACGAGACGACCUGUACGACGCUUUCACAGCGCCCAGGCUGUCCAGCAACGACGACGACGACGGUGGGAAACCCCCCGAUUUGCCCGUCGUCCAGCAGCUCCUCGCCACGUUCACGCUGUCCAAGGAGCACCUGCAGAGCAUCAAAGAAGCCGUCGCCGGCGAGGCGGAACGCCGUGGCGUGCCGCCGCCUCGCGCCACAUCGAUCAUCGCGGCGUUCGGCUUCAUCUGGCAGUGCUACGUCCGAGCUAAACCAAGCACCGAUGGCCGUGCUACUUCCUCUUACCCGCGGACCACCGGACGAGGCUGGAGCCGCCCGUCCCCGACGAGUACCUCGGGAACUGCCUCGGUCCGUGCAUCGCGUCAGUGCCCAGGAGGGAUGUCGCUGCCGCCGGCGCGGACGGUCUGCUCACCGCGUGCGCGGCGAUCGCCACGGCCAUCGACGGAGUGGUGCGCGGCGGGCCUGCCUACUGAGACGGGUGGAUGGAGCGCAUCAUCGAGGCGUACAGCGCGGGCGGCUUGCCGCUAA